AUGACAGUAAAAAAUCAAAAUAAGGAAAUUACAACCAAGGAUAUAUUCUUAUUUAUCCCUAAUUUAAUAGGGUAUUUAAGAGUUAUUACAGCAUUACUCUCAUUUAUAUGUAUGAAGAAUCACCCAAUUCCAACUUUAAUCUUCUACGGAAUAUCAGGUUUUCUUGAUGCAUUUGAUGGGUAUGCAGCCCGAAAAUAUAACCAAGGUACUAGGUUCGGGGCCGUUUUAGAUAUGGUAACUGAUCGCUGUGCAACAUCAUCACUAAUUGUUUACUUAGGAAUAAUUUAUCCAAGGUUUGCAGUUAUAUGGCAAGUAUUGGUGUCAUUAGAUUUGGCUUCUCAUUAUAUGCAUAUGUAUGCAAUGAUGUCUAGUGGUUCUUCAAGUCAUAAGAAUGUGGAUAAACAACAGUCUAAGUUGUUAUCGUUGUAUUACAAUAAUCGUACGGUAUUAUUUGUUGUGUGUUUAGUGAAUGAGUUGUUUUACGUUGCUCUUUAUAUGCAUCAUUAUGAUUUCUUUUGGCUUGGUACAGUCUUAUCUUGGUUGAGUGCUCCGAUAUGGAUAUUUAAACAAAUUGCAAACGUUGUGCAGUUGAAAGGAGCUGCUCUUAUUUUGGCUAGAAUAGAUGCAGAGGAUAAAAGCAAGCAAGAUUAA